UAUAUAGUGAAGAUUGAAUUGAAUAAAUUAAAUUAUGCUAUAGAGAUUGUCUACAGUGUUGAGAAGACCAAUGUUCUGGCAUGGAACACAUCAUCAUGACAGCAAUGAUGCUACAAAAAGAUUAUUUGAUACAGUUUCUAGUACAGUGAAAGGAAUCUAAUAAAUAAACUAUGUAGUUGAGCAUGAUCUUAAAUUGACAGCUGAAGAGAAAUCAAAAAUGAAGCAAUUCUUAAUUUAUAGAUAUGAUCCUGCUGUAUAUUGAGAUGUUUAGAUAUUAGGAUGAGAAUGACUUUCCAAAGUAUGUGAGCUAUUAUGUUGAUUUAAAGAAGAUACCACCUAUGUACUUAGAUGCAUUGCUCUAUAUUAAAGAUAAUUAUGAUUCUUCAUUAUCUUUACGUCGUUCUUGUAGAGAAGGUAUCUGUGGAUCAUGCUCUAUGAAUUGUAAUGGUCUUCAUAAAUUGGCUUGUAUACAUGCUAUUGACACUGACUUAACUUAACCAGCAUAUAUUACUCCCUUGGGACAUAUGUUUGUUGUCAAAGAUUUAGUUGUUGAUAUGACCAACUUUUACACUCAAUAUAAGACUAUUGAUCCAUAUUUAAAGAGGAAGACUCCUAAAGUAAUCUAUAUUCUAAUAUCUAUUAUUAGGAAGGAAAUAAGGAAUAUAUCUAAUCUGUAGAUGAUAGAAAGUUAUUAGAUGGUCUUUAUGAAUGUGUAUUAUGUGCUUGCUGUUCAACUUCUUGUCCUUCUUAUUGGUGGCAUCCAGAUAGAUAUCUUGGACCAGCUGUCUUAAUGUAGGCUUAUAGAUGGAUUGUAGAUUCAAGAGAUGAAUAUACUGAUGAAAGAUUAGAAAAAUUAGGUAAUUUACUAAAUCAUUUUAUCUAGCUGAGGAUGUCAAGGUUGAAGACUGUUAGAAUAUUGGAAUGUGUUCAUUCACAUGUCCAAAGGGAUUAGAUCCACAAAAAUCUAUGAAUCAUUUAAUGAAGUUAAUUGAAGAAUACAAGGAAAGAAAAAUUGCAUCUGCAACAUUAUGAUAUAUUAUAUCAUAUAAUAAUAAUAAG